CGUCCCUGACAAUGUCGGAAACUGUGCCUGCUGCAGCCCCUGCCGCCGCGGCUCCAGCUCCCGCUGCCAAAGCUCCUGCGAAGAAAGCGAAGAAGGCAGCGGGAGGCGCCAAAGCGAAGAAGCCUGCGGGCCCUAGCGUGACUGAGCUGAUCACCCAGGCUGUAGCGGCUUCUAAGGAGAGGAAAGGAGUGUCUCUAGCUGCCCUGAAGAAGGUGCUGGCAGCCGGCGGUUACGAUGUGGAGAAAAACAACAGCCGUAUCAAGCUGGGGCUCCGAAGCUUGGUGAACAAGGGCAUCUUGGUACAGACCAAGGGCACGGGCGCCUCGGGCUCCUUCAAGCUGGGCAAGAAGCCGGGUGAGGCCAAAGAGAAAGCGCCCAAGAAGAAAGCGGUGGCAGCGACCAAGCCCAAGAAGGCGGCGGCCAAGAAGCCCGCCAGCGCGGCCAAGAAACCCAAGAAGGCGGCGGCCGUGAAGAAGAGCCCCAAGAAAGCCAAGAAGCCGGCGGCCGCCGCGACCAAGAAGAGCGCGGCCAAGAGCCCCAAGAAGGCCAAGGCGGCCAAGCCCAAGCGGGCCGUCAAGAGCCCGGCCAAGGCUAAGGCGAUUGAAGCCUCGCUGGUGAUAGGCUGA